AUGGCACAGCAGAGGCUUUGGGUAGCUUUGCUCGUAAUCUUGCUUCUAAAAAGCAAGCCAACCGAGUCCCACCGAUAUGUCGUCGGUGACAAUGAAGGUUGGACCUAUGGCGUCUCUGGCUGGCCGAAUGGCAAAGUUUUUUAUCACAAUAACGUUCUCGUUUUCAACUACGAAGCGGGAAUUCACAAUGUGGUGAGGGUGAACAGGCAGGAAUACGAAACAUGUCAGCCGAAGCCGAGUUCUAAGACGUACGAUUCAGGUCAUGACGAGUUCAGGCUAAAAAAAGGAAUGAAUUACUUCAUCUGCGGCAUGCCUGGACAUUGCCAGCUCGCUGGCAUGAAAAUUUCCAUCAAUGCCCACUAA